ACAUCACCCUUAUGCUCUUGCAGUUUCUAAUUGCUUCGUUUCCAGCCUCCAUUUUUUCUGCUCUCUUCUACUGCUCAAUAUCGCUGCCACUGGGUUUUCAAACAAAAGAUUAGAUCUAUGUUUUGAGGAAGAGAAACAAUUAGAUCUAGAGAUUAAAAUAGAGAGAAGAAGAUUGGAUCUAGAUUUUGAGGGGGUGGGGGGAGCCCAAGAGAGACGGAGAGGGUUAUGUUUAGAUUUCGUGAUUUCGAGAGGGAGAGAAGAGAGAUGGAGAUGGAGGAAAGCCGGAGAUAUUGCGAAGGAGAGGGAUGCGACUUGAGAGACGAAGAUAACGCUCGUAGAAAUAAGGCUAUAAGCUCGUUUUUACUCCGUAUGAUUUUAACGCAAGAUCAGAAAAAAAGAGCAAAAGUUAGAAAGAGAAACAGGGACGAGGUAUUGUCUGGUAACUAUUGGGCAACUACCUAACCCCGGAAGAACAUCAUCGUCCCAAUCCUUUUCGGGCUUUUGUUUCUUCCUUAUUUUCCCCAAAUCUUUUUAAAAUAAAAAAAAACAUCCAUUGAUCAUCAUAUCCCACACUCAGCUGAAACAAAAGUCCCAAUUUUUGUUGUGUUAAUCCUUGCAAUAUAUUGUUUCUUCCUUCAAUUUUCAGACAUGAAUAACAUGCGUAUAUGCACAUAUAUGCAUAUAUGUACAUACAUUACAUUUAUAUUGUUAGAUACAGAGUAAUAAAUUAGGAUAUAUUGUAUACUUGUAUAGUUUCUGAUAUAUUUAUCUUGGCAAUUAUAUUCCAACUCUCCAUCUCCAUUUCGUCCUCCAUUGGUAACAAUCGAAAAGACGGAAUCGGGAGCAUGAAUUCAAAGGAAUUGUAACGCUGCGUGAUCUGGGUUCUUUGAAUUCAGAAGGUCAAACAUGUCAAUUCAUCAGGGCAGUGCAGAUGGCAAAAAAGUCGCAGGCUCCUGUCUCUAUGAACUUCUACAGUUGGAAGUCAGUCCAAGUUUUCACCGUCAGCUAGAAAUGCGCGACCGUUCUUUAAGUCCCCGGCUUAGAUUGCAGGCUUUGAUGAAAGAGCCCGGAAACAAAUAUUGUGCAGAUUGUGGAUCUCCAGAUCCCAAAUGGGUGUCGGUGAGUCUUGGCGUGGCUAUAUGUAUCAAGUGCUCCGGUGUACAUAGAAGCCUUGGGGUCCACAUAUCAAAGGUUUUAUCAGUGAGCCUUGAUGAAUGGACAGAUGAGUUAGUCGAUUCUCUUGUGGAAAUGGGCGGAAACGCCAUUGCGAACUUGAAGUACGAAGCUGCCCUUCCAGAUAACUAUAAAAAGCCAAGGCCAGACUCGUCCAAUGAAGAACGCACCGACUUUAUAAGGAGAAAAUAUGAGCUGCAACAAUUUUUGAACUACGACAUAGAGAUGAUAUGCCCUUUUGCAUCAUCAGCUUCGUCUUACUGUGAUUCAAUAGCCUAUUAUUCAAGCAGCGCAACCCCAGAGAGGAAAUUCCACUAUGAGAAGACACCGAGUGGUCAUAGGAGCCACGGUAGUGGAUUCAAGCAUGCUUUUCGCCACAGUCGGAGGAGGAAAGAAUCUGAACACCACCAGAAGAGUAGUAGGAAAAGUAGCUCUAUGGCGGGUAUGGUCGAGUUCAUCGGGCUCGUCUCUGUCAAUGUUGUCCGUGGGACCCACCUCGCCGUUCGGGAUGUAGUAACGAGUGACCCUUAUGUUAUUCUGUCAUUGGGGACUCAGUCGGUGAAGACACGGGUGAUAAAAAACAAUCUAAACCCGGUGUGGAAUGAGAAGCUCAUGCUGUCAAUCCCAGACAACAUUCCUCCUCUAAAAGUGCUAGUGUACGACAAAGACACGUUCACGACGGACGAUUUCAUGGGGGACGCCGAAAUCGACAUCCAACCACUCGUGGUGGCUGCAAAGGCAUCGGAGAGCUCAUCGUCAUCAGCAGGAGGGCUCGACGAGGCCACUCACCUUGGGAAAUGGGAGGCGAGCAAGGAGAACACGUUGUUGAAAGACAGCAUUAUAAAGCUUGUGGAGGGGAAGGUGAAACAAGACAUAUCUAUAAGGCUGCAGAAUGUUGAGAGGGGCGUGCUCGAGAUCGAGCUCGAAUGCGUUCCCCUCACCCAAUAGAAAUCCUUCCCGCCUUUUUUUUGGUCUCGAAUGUGAAGUUUGAUGGAAAAAAGUUUAUUUUUUCAAUGCUUGAAAUGGAAUUUCUCAACGGGGUUCAGAAUUCAUAUUCUUUUUGUAAACAAUACUUGUAGCUGAUGAAGACACCAUCUUUGUUGCUUGAAAUCCCUUAGACUAAUCAAAGAAUAUGUUCUAU